GGAUUAUGGAUUGACAAGGAGCACACAUCUUACUACACUUUUGGCAUUCUUGUAUAUCGCCCCGGCAUUGAUAAAUGGACAGUCAUUUGUUUCCCAAAAUGAAAAUGUGGUAGAACUGAAAUCGGAUGGUGUAGUGAAGCGAUCCGUGGAACUCCAAUGUGCUGAUUGUGACACAAUCUCUGGCUCCCUAUUUAUAUGGAAUUUCAUAAAGUUUGGGACAGAUAAACCAAUUCCAAUUGCCAGGAAUGAAGUAGCACACAAAGAGACCUCUUUUCUGGGUGAUGUCAGUCUUAUAUAUAGCACCCUGGUCAUAAACAAUCUACAGUUAGAAGCUGAAGGACGGUACAUGUGCCAAUGCUUCUUCAGGAAUGGCGUCUUUACCACGGUGUAUAUUGACCUGACUAUUCUAGUACCUGUCAUGAAACCCACCUUAUUAAUUAAUAACUCCAUACCAGUAGAAGGGGCGCCAGUUAUGCUAAAUUGCUCUGUGGAGAAUGGCACUGGACCUAUCCUGUAUACCUGGCAACGUUACACCAUUCAAGAUGGCUUAUCUGCAGUUCCCGAGAGUACCGAGAAUGUGCUUAUUUUGCCGGCAGCUAACAGAAUUCAUAUAGGAUGGUAUUCGUGUACUGUAAGAAAUGUAGUGAAUGAAGUGACCAGUGGGCGCUCAUACCUUGAUGUCAGAUUUGGUCCAGAUGAACCUGUCAUUGAAAUAAAACCCUAUGCCAUCAGUGAGAAGGGCUUCGCUGCUAGUGAGCAAGAAGAGGUCACUCUGAAUUGCUCAGCGCUCUCCAACCCACCAUGCCACUACGUCUGGUUUUAUAACAAUUCUCAAGUUUACUCUGGUCAGAUAUAUGUCCUUCCACGCAUCUCCCGAAGACAGAGCGGCCUGUAUACCUGCUUGGCACAAAAUGAUCACCUGAAAACACGGACACAGCUUACAAUCACUCUCACGGUCUUUUAUUUACCUGAAGGAUCCCCAGCGUGUACGGCUCUAUCCCAUAAUAAUUACAAGGAUGUGGCUCUUUGGUGUUCAUGGGAAGGUGGCCUUCCUUUGGCACAAGUUCGCUGGUUGAAAUCAAGUGAAGAGGAUAAUGUGAUUGUGUCAUAUUCCAAUUCAACCAAGAUACAAAGAGCAUCAGACAUUCAAAAUGGCAGCACUUAUACAUGCGCAAUCUCCCAUCCGGCGCUUAGAUUUGAAGUUACCUGCAGUACCACUAUACUUUUUCCAGCUGGUGGACCAAAUUGUUCUGCAAAAGCCACAAAACAGAAUGAUUAUGUCAUGUUAACCUGCGAAUGGCCAGGAGGUCACCCUCGUGCCGUACUUGAGUGGAAUAAUAAGGAAAUUGGAGACUCUAAGGAGUCUUCCAACAUAUAUGUCUUAAAAUCCGACCCAGUUUAUAAUGGCAAAUUGUUUACCUGCAGUGGCCUGCACCCCAUGAAUGCAGACGUGAAGCAGUGUCUGGUCCGGCUCGAGUCUCCAGUCUUGGAAAAGUCUGGAAACAUUUCGGUACUUGAAGGAAAUGAUGCUCAGAUGAGCUGUCACAUGAAACCAACAAAUCUUAUAUCUGAGAUCAUCUGGUAUGAUAACAAGAACAAGGAAAUAACUUCAGAUUCCCAGAAGUAUGGAAUACUUAAGGAAUCUGGUACUUCUACUUUAACCGUUCGAGAAACCGAGUGGAACGUCGACAGUGGAUUGUAUCGCUGCUUGGCCUUUAAUGCUGUGGGAAAUUCUUCCAUUUUAAUUUGGCUUCAAGUUAACAAAUAUCCUACUCCACCCAACGUUACGAUCAGUAAGCUCCUGUAUAGUCGGCAAAGGACAGAAGUGGACCUGGAAUGGAUGACCCAAGGAAUUGGUGACCUUACAGGUUUUAUGGUACAGAGGCAAGCCAGUAUCCGGUCUUUUACUGGUCCAAGGAGGGCUGCCAUGACUUCUUCAUGGGACACGGUGGCUAGUGACAUAGAACCAGAAAUUCGAGGACACAAACUUGGAGGCUUAGACCCUGCUAUUGUGUAUGCCUUUAGAAUUAUUGCUGUUAAUCACAGGACGACAGGGUUCCCAUCAGAAGUGAAAACACCAGCGGACCCUCCAUUUAAUGCCUACCCAGCUGUUAUAGGAGCUGGUGUAACUGGCAUGAUUGUAGCAACUGUUGCCAGUCUCCUGAUAUUUCAAUACAUUGUUCGGAAUCGAGAGAAUAAUCCAAGGCUUCAUGAUCUGUUCUUCAGACCGGCCCCUGCUGAUGCUCGAGAAAACAUUAGAAAUCCCGAAGAUGCGGAGACCGGAGCCGAUGCAGAGGAGGGCAUUACUAACCCUGCUGCAGAAGAAGUGCCUGGAGAUUCUUCAAAUGCUGUCAGUGAACCCACCCCUGUCAGUGAUGCAGAUAUAAUCCUGACCCAAAUGCCAGUGUCUGAACAGCCUGAAGAUGAUCCAGUCAAUGUUACAAUUACAGUUACCACAACACCAUAG